CCCCAAGGCAUUCUAAAUCAUUGGAAUUAUGGCGUCACCCAUGUUCUUCCUCCUGCUGCUCCAGUCUUUUCUUGUUUCUACUUCCGCUUCUUCCACCACUUCUUUACUUAAUCAAACAGAAACUCUUCUCAAAUGGAAAGCCAGUCUUGACGACCAAAGCCAAAGCUUCCUCUCUUCUUGGGUUGGGAACAACCCCUGCAAUUGGGUUGGAAUUGCUUGUGAUAGAGUUGGAAGCGUCAGCAACAUAAGCCUUUCAAAUUUUGGUCUCAAAGGUACACUCGACAACCUUAACUUCUUGGCCUUCCCCAACCUAAUUCACUUUGAUGUUGGUAAUAAUUCACUUUAUGGGGACAUUCCUUCUGACAUCGUGAACAUGUCCAAACUCACUUUUUUCAAUUUGUCUGCUAAUGGUAAUUUUUCUGGAAAUAUUCCCAAGGAUAUAGGAAGGUUGAGUUCGCUUACCGUACUCGACAUUGCUUGGAGCCAACUUAAUGGUUCACUUCCUGUUUCUGUAGUAAAUUUAAGCAAUCUGUCUUACCUUGCAGUCGCUGGCAAUAACCUCAGUGGCUCCUUGCCUCAAGAAAUUGGAAUGAUGAGUUCAGUUAUUAUUCUUUUCCUUCAUCUCAAUUCCUUUACCGGUCCAAUCCCUGCAUCAAUAGGAAACUUAAGCAAUUGUCAACAUCUUUUCCUUUCUGAAAAUGAGCUAUCUGUUAUUAUUCUUUUCCUUCAUCUCAAUUCCUUUACUGGUCCAAUCCCUGCAUCAAUAGGAAACUUAAGCAAUUGUCAACAUCUUUCCCUUUUUGAAAAUGAGCUAUCUGGUUCUAUUCCUAGUGAAAUAGGAAGGUUAAGUUCACUUAUUGAACUUAUCCUUGAUAACAAUCAGCUGUCUGGUCCUAUUCCAGUAGAAAUGAAUAACCUUACUGUUUUGGGAUCUUUACAAUUAGGUUAUAAUCAACUCACUGGCCAUGUACCUGACAAAAUAUGCCAUGGAGGCUCACUCGAAUAUUUGGCUGUCAACAGAAACCAUUUAACUGGUCCCAUCCCAAGAAGUUUGAGAAACUGCACUACCUUAUACAGGGCAAGGCUUGAGGAGAAUCAACUUGAAGAAAAUAUAUCAGAAGCUUUUGGUAUAUAUCUCAACUUGGAUUUUAUUGAUUUGAGUGAUAACAAGUUGUACGGUGAACUUUCUCCAAACUGGGGCCUAUGUCAAAACCUCACAAACUUGCAGAUCUCCAACAAUAAGGUAUCUGGUAGGAUACCUCCUGAGCUAGCUCAAGCCACUCAAUUGACUCGGCUCGACCUUUCUUUAAAUCAGUUGAGUGGGGAGAUUCCUAAGGAAAUAGGCAAGCUGACGACCCUGGCUUAUCUCUUGCUAAAUGACAACCAACUCUUUGGCAGAAUCCCACCAGAGAUAGGAAACCUAGUUAAUCUGCAACAGCUUAGCUUGGCAAAGAACAAGCUGGUUGGCCCAAUUCCAGAACAACUUGGGAAUUGCUUCAGGUUAUUACACUUGAACCUGAGCAACAAUCUAAUUGAGGAAAGUAUUCCAUCUGAAAUAAGCAAAAUAUUUGCCCUUGAAUCUCUUGAUUUGAGUUGGAAUAAAUUAACAGGAGAGAUUCCACAAGAGCUUGGAGGAUCACGUGUGUUGGAAAUGCUGAAUCUUUCUCAUAAUAUGCUCUCUGGUUUCAUUCCUCCUACUUUUGAUGAAUUGAAGAGCUUAACUUAUGUUAACAUCUCUUAUAAUCAGUUAGAGGGCCCUAUCCCGCCUAUUAAAGCUUUCCUUCUUGCCCCAUUUGAUGCUCUUAGAGACAAUAAAGGCCUCUGUGGCAAUGCCAUUGGCCUCCUGCAUUGUGUCUCUGAAGGUCAGAAGAAAAGCACCAGUGGACUAAUAAAAGAGUGCCGACUUCAAGAUCUUUUUGCCAUAUGGGGAUAUGAUGGGAAAAUCCUCUAUGAAAACAUUCUUGAAGCUACGGAGCAAUUCAACUCCAACUAUUGCAUUGGCUCAAGAGGAUAUGGGAAUGUUUACAAAGCUGCGUUGACAACAGGUCGAGUUGUUGCAAUGAAGAAACUUAACCCAUCAGAUGACAAUCAAUCCAGCAACUAGCGAGCAUUUGAAAGCAAGAUUUGUGCUCUAGCGAACAUAUGACAUCGUAACAUUGUCAAGUUUU